AUGACUCCUGUGUCAGCGCUUGCCAAGUACAAGCUGGUCUUCCUCAACGAUCAGUCCAUCAGUAAGACUAGCAUCAUCACCCACUUCAUAUACGACAAGUUCGACAACACCUACCAUGCUACCAUUGGUAUUGACUCCCUAUCAAAGACAAUGUACCUUGAAGAUAGAACCGUGAGACUCCAGCUCUGGGAUACAGCUGGUCAGGAAAGAUCCAGGAGUUUAAUUCCAAGCUAUAUCAGGGACUCUUCAAUUGUUGUCAUUGUAUAUGUUGCAAGCAAUAAGUCUUUCCUAAAUACUUCAAAGUGGAUAGAGGAAGUCCGCACUGAGAUGAGCAGUGAUGUUAUCAUUGUGCUUGUCGAGAACAAAACUGACCUUGUCGACAAGAGGCAAGUCUCGAUAGAGGAAGCGGAAGCCAAGGCAAAGGACCUCAGUGUGAUGUUCAUGGAAACCAAUGCUAAAGCUGGUUUUAACAUUAAGGUAUGUUUCAGAAAUCUAUAUUUUUUACAUGCUCAUUAA